GCAUUCGAGAGUCGAGCCGUGCUGUUGUCUACAGUUCUUGUCGCGAGCCAACGAUCUCGCGGCCAUUUCAACUGAUCCUUAACAAAAAAAAAAAAAAUAUCCUUUUAAGCAUAACAAAUCGAAAAUGCGUUUAAUAAGCCUCGUCAUAUUUUGCCUGUGCGUGUGCGCUGCCAUUUGGCCAGCAAAUGCGCUCCAGUGCUACCAAUGCAUCGGAUCCGAGUGCGAUGAUCUGGAUGAUUCGAAGGUGGUUAGUUGCAAUUUGGAUGAGACGACAUCCACUUUAACAACGGAAGAUACCACGACUGAGAGUUUGCCGGACACGUCGACGACGUCGUCGGGUAGUUCGACGGGAGGAUCCACAACUUCGCCAGGCCCUACAGUGGACACGCCAGCCACAGAGUCGUCUCCACCAUCAACGACAGAUCAAUCAGACACCACAACAGAAGCCACCUCAGAAACCACAACCACAGGAGAGCCAUCCGAAUCAACGGAAACCACAGAAACCACAACAGGAGAGCCAUCAGGAUCGACUGAAACCACAGACUCGACUACAGAAGAGCCAUCAGGAUCGACAGAAACGACAGAAUCCACAACAGAAUCCACAACCGAUUCCACGUCCGAUUCCACAUCAGAUUCCACAUCGGAUUCCACAUCGGAUUCCUCUCCAGGUUCCACAGCCAGUUCCACAUCAGAAUCGACAUCAGAGUCCACAUCGGAUUCCACAUCAGAUUCAACAUCGGAUUCCUCAUCAGGUUCAACAGCCGGUUCCACAUCAGAUUCGACAUCCGAGUCCACAUCAGAUUCCACGUCAGAUUCCACAACAGGUUCCACAUCAGAUUCUACAUCAGAUUCCACAUCAGAUUCCACCUCAAGUCCAGAAUCCUCCAUACCAUCCUCUUCGGGAUCCACAGAAUCCUCAACAGCAGCCUCAACAGGAUCCUCCGAGACCGGAGAAUCAACCACAUCUGGAUCCACAGAAUCUUCAACAUCCUCGUCAGCAAGUGUCGUAAAUCCUGGCAACUUGGAGAAUAUUCAGUUAGCCCUGCAACAGGCGGCAUUGCCUGGUGGCAUCCGCUCCGGUCGCGCUCGCCGCUCCCUGGCUGCCCAGGCGGCCGAUCAGCUGAUACGCAACUAUCGCUCCUACGAGUUCAACGGACGCGCCACCAACUACCGUACAACGGCCUGCUACAGCAUCGAAAAGGAUGGCGAGAUUCAGCGCGGCUGUGUCUGGAUACCCGAGGGGCAAUCCGGCUGCCAGGCGGUGCGUGAGAAGGUCGACCUGCAGCAGAAUUCGGUCAAUGAUCUCUGCGAUGUCUGCCAAACGGAUAACUGCAAUGGCAGCGCCAGUCUGCGCAUGUCCUUGGCAGCGCUGCUGCUUCUGCUGGGCCUGGGCUUGAGGAGCCUCUUCUAGAGCAUUCGCAAGCUGUGCUAAUGUUUACUCUGUAUUAUAUAUAUAUAUGCCUAUUCCCCGCUAAGUGAUUUGUAUUUGUACUCGUAACGAAAUUCAAGAGAAAUUAAAAACUGGAAAUAUAUUAAAUCAAAAAA